AACCAAGUCCUCUCACUAAUCCCCUAUCCUAUUUUAUCUGAUGGACUGAGCUGCAGCUAAAGCAUCAGUCUGUGACUGGAAGCCGAAGACACUUAACAAGAUGUGAUCAGGUACAACCUGUGAAUAUCUUCAGCUUCCCAAAGGUGCUACUCAUGGUUAGUUCACCAUGUGUGUCUCUUUGGUCAUCUUUGGUUGCCUGGUGUUUGGAAGUCUUCCUUUCUUUUGCUUUUCCUGCCCAUCUCAGUGCAGCUGCACAUUCCACUCACUCAGCGAUGGCUCUAAAUCAAGGGAAGUACUUUGUAAUGACCCUGAGAUGACGUUAACGCCAGUGAACAUUCCUACAGACACUUUUAAAAUACGUAUAGAAAAGACAUCUAUCCGGCGUGUUCAAGGAGAAUCUUUCCACUUACUCACUAACCUUGAGUUUCUCUGGAUGCCAUAUAACUCAGUGGUGAGCUUGAGUGUGAUCACAUUAAGAGGCCUCCGUAAACUUCAAGAACUUAGAUUGGAUGGAAAUGACCUCAAAUCUUUUCCUUGGGAAUCUCUUAUGAGCACACCUCGCUUAAGGCUCCUUGACUUGCACAAUAAUGACCUGUCCUCAAUACCCAAAGAUGCAGCUCGCUACAUGAAAAACAUAACCUAUCUCGAUUUGUCCAGCAAUAAACUCCUGACGCUUCCUCAAGAACUCAUUGCCUCCUGGCUUAAUCUCCAUUCUGCAUCAUAUUUUUCAAAUGAUCAUUCCUUUCUAAUCCUUGGUCUGCAAGACAACCCUUGGUUAUGUGAUUGCAGUCUAUAUGAAAUGGUUCAUUUCCUCAACUUCCCAUCUCCAUCGGUAGCAUUCAUAGAACCUCGCCUGAAGUGCUAUUCACCACGCAGCCUUGCAGGAGUACAGUUCAAUCAAGUUGAGUUGAGGAAAUGUCAGAGUCCAGUAAUUCAUACUUCUGUGGCAAAGCUUAAGACAAUGAUUGGCAGCACAGUCUUACUACGAUGUGGCACCAUAGGGAUCCCAAUCCCAGAACUGAACUGGAGAAGAGCAGAUGGUAACAAAAUUAAUGGAUCAGUUCACCAAGAAGUUUCAAGUGAUGGUAUGAGCUGGUCCAUGUUAAACUUGCCUACUGUUAACUACAAAGAUUCUGGCGAGUAUAUCUGUAAAGCUAGAAACAACAUGGGGAUGGCAGAAGCCUUCAUUUCUGUUCUAGUUACUGACUCCAACACAACUGAUGAGCCAAAUGACAGUGGAAAAUAUCAGUCUACAGAGGGUAACAUGGGGAUGACAAAAUUUAAAAUCAAUGGUAAUAGAGUGCCUGACAGCGAGCUUCAGAAUAUAAAUCCUAACUCUGUUCUGAAACCAGACAUCAAGGAUCCAGGCAACAUCAUGCUCAGUUCGCCAACAAAACAGCCAGAGACAGAGAGGAUGGUUAGAGGAUUGAAAGUUAUAGGUGAUACAGACCACAGUGUCUCUCUUGCUUGGAAAGCUCCUCUUGCCAAAAAUGUUACAAUAUUCAGUGUUCUAUAUGCAAUAUUUGGCGAGCGAGAAAUGCGAAGAAUCAAUGUGGAGCCUGGCAAGACGAAAAUUACCAUAGAUGGUCUAAUACCCCAAACGAAAUACAUCGCAUGUGUUUGUGUGAAAGGGCUUGUACCUAAGAAAGAACAGUGCAUCAUCUUCUCCACCGAUGAAGCUGUUACUGCAGGAGGGACACAGAAACUGAUAAAUGUAGUGGUGAUCAGUGUGGCCUGUGUCAUUGCUGUCCCUCUAACCUUGGUGGUCUGCUGUGGAGCUUUGAAAAGAAGAUGCAAAAAGGGGCUAGGUCGGAAAUCUAAAGAUAUACAAGACUCCUAUGUGACAUUUGAAAGUCUUGCAACAAGCUCCAAAGCUACUGAAGGAGAAUAUUUGACUCGACAUAAUCUGGAUGAAUCAAAUAGGCUGCUGUCCGCACGGUCCAGUGUAGAUUCUGAAGCAAUCCCAAAACCAGAAGGCCAGCCCAAUGAGUUUUUUUGCUGAUAAAGAAUAACUAGCAAUAACUGUCACAUAUAAGAAACAUGCUCACAUACAGAAGAGUAUAUCUGCCAUGUGCCGGAAAUAUGUAUGUAUUACUAGUGCAAGACAUGACUUAAUGAACUAAUGAAAGUGGCGGCGAAGGAAGAGACAAAACACAAUGCACAAUGUUUGGUAUUAGCAGCUAAGGUAUACAAUGCAAAUUUUAGGUACAUGGGUGAACAAAGUAAAGUAGAGAAUUCCUCAUGAUGCAAUGGAAAAAUAUUGAAUAUGACGCAUUGACCCUUUCUAUUAUGCGUUGCUCUCUAAUAAAAGCAGCCCUAUCACUGUUUACAAUGUAGAACUCACAGCAGCUUUCUAGUACUGAAAGGUGUCAGCAGUGUGGGCUUGACUGGUUUGCAGACUUCUGAGGUACAGUAUGCCGAUUCUAACUUUCUCCAAUGGAGUAUGGUCCAAACUUUUUCCUUAAUAAUCCACUAAUCUCCUUGAAAGGUAUACCAAGUUCGUCACUGCUAGCCCUGUACAAUUAAUGAUCGUGCUUUUAGGAAAAUUGGACGGUUUCAUUUUCUUUGUGUUUAUAUCUUGAUUUGUUGUGCUGUGUACACAAUCUUAUAAUCUUUGGUGUCUUACAA